UAGGCCAAAACAGAAGGAAAAAAGAAGCGACACCUUUGGUCCUCAUUCUAUAUCUUAUGGAGUGCAUAACAGCAAUCAUUCACACAACCACCCCCACCUUCCUAAUCCCAUAGCCGCUGUCACCCCUUUAAUCAUGAUAUUCCUUCUCUCCUAACAGAAAAAAUUCUUCUAUUUUGUCUUUUGAUUUACACGACACAGAGAAAGGGUAUGAGAAUCUCCUUCCCUUUCCUUUAUUUUUAAAACUCUGCCAUUAUUUCUUCUUCUUCCCGCCGGAGCACGCACACAAAGCUCUGCACUCUUCAUAACAUGAACAAGGCUUUUCCUCUAAACUUUGCAUUGGCCUUGGCCCUGGCCUUACUUUGUUGUGUCACACAAUCUCUGGGCUCAACCCAAAACGACACUCACGCUCUCACUCAAUUCCGCCUCCAAGCUGAUUCUCAUGGCUAUCUUCUCGUCAACUGGACCGGCGCCGACGCCUGCGCUGCUUUUUGGCGCGGCGUUCAGUGCUCCCCUAAUGGCCAAGUCGUUGGCAUCUCGCUCCCUUCUCUUAGUCUCCGAGGACCGGUCGAUGCUCUGUCUUCGUUAAGCUACUUGCGCCUCCUUGACCUCCAUGAUAAUCGCUUAAACGGCAGCGUUGCGCCUCUCUCUAACUGUACCAGUCUUGAACUUCUUUAUCUCUCCGGGAAUGACUUCUCCGGCGAGAUACCGCCGCAGAUAGCUUCGCUCACGCGUCUGCUCAGGCUUGACGUCUCUGACAACAACAUCCGAGGUCCUAUCCCUAAGGAACUGUCCAAAUUGACAGCGCUUCUCACGCUUAGGCUACAAAACAAUGAGCUUUCGGGACAUAUCCCUGAUCUUUCUGUUUCCCUGCUCAAACUCAAGGAGCUCAACAUGACCAACAACGAAUUCUAUGGAAGCUUACCGGAUGGCAUGUUGAAGAAAUUCAGUGACGUAAGUUUCUCUGGGAAUAAAGGUUUAUGUGGAUCAAGCCCAUUGCCGAUUUGUUCCGCCGCAGCAGACAAUUUUCCUUCUUCUUCAGCAUCGGCUCCAACAGCUCCUUCUAAGCCAACCUCGAUGCCCCAAACAAGCGCAACUCCUCCUCCAAAACGCCAACCUCGAAAGGGAUUAAGCACCGGAGUUAUUGUAGCCAUUGUGGUGGCGAACUGUGUGGCAUUGCUGGUAGUGACUUCUUUCAUCGUUGCUCAUUGCUGCGCCAGAAGACGAACCUCCGAUUCUAUGUUGGGCAGUGAGAUUGGCAAGAGGAAAAGCGGGAGUAGCUAUGGAAGUGAAAAAAAGGUGUACGCCAGUGGGUGUGUAGACAGCGACGGAACCACCGGAACCGACCGGAGCAGGCUUGUAUUUUUUGAUAGAAGAAGUCAAUUCGAGCUGGAAGAUUUGUUGCGAGCAUCGGCGGAGAUGCUGGGAAAGGGGAGCUUGGGAACAGUGUACAAGGCAGUGCUCGAUGAUGGAUGUACCGUAGCGGUUAAGAGACUCAAAGACGCAAACCCAUGUGCGAGGAAGGAGUUCGAGCAGUACAUGGAUGUGAUUGGAAAGCUCAAGCACCCCAAUGUUGUGAGGCUCAGAGCUUAUUACUAUGCACGAGAAGAAAAGCUCCUCGUUUAUGAUUAUCUCCCCAACGGAAGCUUGCAUUAUCUUCUUCACGGGAACCGUGGCCCAGGAAGAAUCCCACUGGAUUGGACUACAAGAAUAAGCUUGGUUUUGGGGGCAGCCAGAGGACUUGCUCGGAUUCACGCUGAAUAUAGUGCAGCAAAAAUACCCCACGGCAACAUCAAAUCUUCCAAUGUUGUCCUCGACAAGAAUGGCGUUGCUUGCAUCUCUGACUUCGGCUUGUCUCUGCUAUUAAACCCUGUUCAUGCAAUUGCAAGAUUGGGCGGAUACAGAGCUCCCGAACAAGAAGAGAGCAAGAAGCUGUCUCAGCAGGCAGACGUGUACAGCUUCGGUGUCUUGCUGUUGGAAGUUCUCACAGGUAAAACCCCAUCCCAGGAGCCUUCACCGACACGUCCUAGGUUGGUUGAAGAGGAACAAACCGUGGAUCUCCCCAAAUGGGUGCGAUCUGUAGUGAAGGAAGAAUGGACAGCGGAAGUGUUUGAUCAAGAACUGUUGAGGUACAAGAACAUAGAGGAAGAGCUGGUGUCCAUGUUGCAUGUGGGGUUGUCGUGUGUGAUGGCAGAACCAGAGAAGAGGCCAAUCAUGGCGGAAGUUGUUAAGAUGAUUGAAGAGAUCAGGGUGGAGCAAUCUCCUCUGGGCGAAGACUAUGAUGAGUCUCGCAAUUCGCUUUCACCUUCCCUUCCCACCACUGAAGAUGGACUAGCUUAAGAUUAAAGAGUAUUCUCUGCCAGGUAUUUCGAUGCAUUAUCUCGUUGCACCUUGCCUGAUUUUUAGCUAUCAUUUGUAUCUAGUGGCCAGCUGUUCAAAUUCUACUAUUUCAUGUGUUCUUUGUAAAAUUUCCAAGAUUUGAGGAACUUCCGUCAUUGCACGUAGGAUAAAUCUGACGAUAUUGUGGUGGGGCUUAGAAUAAUAUUACCUGUUGUUUAGGUUGAAAAGUAGAACGUUCCUGGACUUGGAGAUGUUUUGUUUUGUAUCCGUGCUGGGUGGUGAGACGUACUGAUCUAUUUGUUGUUAUGACCCAGGGCAGCAAGCCAGCAAUAUUUGCAUGGAAUUAGGGUAACGAGACAAAAUAAGUUUAAAUA